UUUUUUCGGAUCUGAGUACUAGGCUUAAAUAUCAACCCUGAUUCGGUCGAAGGACAAUUUAGCGCUUCUGAAUACUUAGAUUAAGUGACAAAAAAAAUAAAUGGAAUAGACUUUCAAACGUCAAAACAACGCAAGUACUAGCAGGAAAAAUCAAUACCGUUAGAAGUACAUACGUAUAGGUAAUUUCUGUGUGCUCUUCAAUAAAUAUUCGUUAAAAAUCAACCCUCAAAAAUUAAACUAAAGAUUUAAAAAAAAUUGUAUAAUUUUAUUUACUAAUAAAGAACAGAAAAGGGGGUGUCCGCUUGAAAAAAAAUAAAAAAUUUGAAAAGUUAUCAAAUUGGCCCAGCCUAAUGUACAAACAUAUUUUUAUGUAGCUGCCGUGCAAAACAUGCAAACAGCAUACAAUUAUUAAAACACCAAUUAAAUACGGAAUAAUAAAGGUCUUAUCGAAGUGAUUAGCAUUUUUUAGUCUGUGUUUUCUUAAAAACUAUAAAUAAAAGAAAAAACAAUGGCAACGACCAGUACCAUCACGAGCAUUUCCUCGGCAACGCCAUUAAUAUCGAAAACAACGGUCAAAACUCCGCCUACAAACCGAAAAACUGAAACGACAAUGACCAUCGGUGCCUCAAAAACGAAACGCUUUGGGUAUAUAUCUCCGAGUACAUCCGUCAUAUGCAAAGAAGUUUUCGACGAUGCCUGUUUACCAUCAUCAGACGAGAUCUACGAUUAUGCCACACUGAUAGGGAUCGAACCUCUUAAGGAACAGCAUUUGCUUUAUCUUGCUAAGGAAGGUUUAAUGGCCGCACUGCCUUCGGAUUGGAAAAUCUGCUACUCCGAGGAGAAGAACGGUCAUUACUAUCAUAAUACGUAUACCAAGCAAUCGCAGUGGGAUCAUCCCCUGGAUGCUGUGUAUCGUGAGUUAGUAGAGAAGACACGUGAAAAGACAGGACCAGCGAUUCCUAAAGGAGCCAUGGUUAUUAUUGACAACUCGGAUGAUGUAUCCCAGUUGGAUUCUGGUAUACGCAGCAUGCAUUGUGCGGAUGAUUUCCUCUACGAAAUCAGCUCCCCUCUUAACAGCGUUAAAACGCAGGCGUCAAUGAUUAAUUCUGUUUCUACUCACGCGAACAGCUUUGCAGGUGCAAGUGUAUUUAGUGGCAGUGUUAAUCGAUUUUUGGAGUCUCGCACUAGGAAUUUUGGUAAAAUUUUCCAUUCUGUUAAAAAAACUGACCUUGAAGAGGACAAUACAAAUUCUCCAAUUAGUAUGAGCAUGGAUAUACCCGUAUCUAAACUAUCUAACAGAAUGCUGGCACUGAGCAGGGGGACUGGGGAAAACUCAGAGUCUGUAGUAGAGCAGCGCAAUGGAAUGUCUCUGCUCUCACAUAAAGGAGGUGCUAUGUUUCUAAAGCCUCGUCAACACCUGGAACAAGUAAAAAGUGGUGGAGGUAUUCCACUACCUUGUGUAAAGGGUAUUCUUCGUGAAUCAAGUGUGUUCGAUAUACAUCGUUGCAUUGCCCGUGAAGAUCCAACGACAGAAUUUGAGGAUAAAAAAAGCGUGCGUUUUAAUUUAGAGGAGAUGCAGCGCAUGCGAAACUCACCCGAGAAUGCGGGUGACUCGCGAAAGUUAUGUCAGACUACCGAGUUGUCCAUCACCCCGGACGACCAGGAAGUGCAGGCGGGGAUGAACGACGAUUGUAAUGAAAAACUUGUUAAUAACAUAAAUAAAGAGGAAGAUGUUUGUAAUGUUGAAUUGUUCGAUGGUGAUCUCAAUGAAGGCAAUAGUAGCUUAAACCUUUUCUCUUGCGGCUUUUCAAAAUCCGUACCCAAAUCCGAAACUAUUGAAAUGAUAAUGGCUUGUUGUACCAAUCCACCCAUGGACCAAAAUUUGGGAAGCUCAGUAUCUGUUACGUCCUGUAGGACAAUAUGUGAAUUGAAAGACGGUGCCAAAGCGAAGCAUCACAAUGAAAACAAAGACCCCGAGUCAGAGACUAGUCUUGUUCGCAGCCUUAUUCUAAACAAUUCAAAGAAAGACACUCUUAAUCUAGCAAGCAACAGUCCGUUUGAUUUGGAUGAGCUGGGUCGCAAGCACAGCGUUGAGCUAGAGAUGUUACAGCGUAAAUCAGCUCAAGUAUCAUCAAAAAAUGUGCAAGGUUUUAAAAUGGCCAAUAAGUUAGGUACUUUUCAUAAGCAGAUGAAUAGUUUUUUGAGUAAAGCUGAGAAUAUGCAACGGGAGCAAGAGCGAAGGCUUAAGAGUCUAAGACAUGAAUACGACCUGCGCUUCACAUCACACCAGCACCAACUCGAAGAGGCCUUCGAGAGUGAAAUAGAAAAAUAUCGUGGCCAGCUGGAGCUGGAGCUGCAAAGCAAACGUUCUCUAAUAGUAAGCGAACAUAGGGCUCAAAUGACCAUAUUGCAGAGCAACCAUUCUGAUAUUCUCCAUGAGUUAGAGCGUGACCUCCAUAGCGAGGAAGAAAUUCUUCGCCGUGAGCAAGCAGUCAGGCUAUCACAAAUGCGUGACAAGCUUGCCUAUGAGCUAGAAUUGGAAAAGAAACGGUUUCGCGAGAAGGGCGAGGAGAGACUCUACGAGAAAGUUCGUUGUGAAAAACGUCUUCUUGAGGAUAAAUAUCGUUGCCUCAAAGAAAAAUAUGUAAGACUCAAAACGGACGUUAGGCUGUCCUUAGAACGUCGAAAUCGACGACGCGAGGCACUCGCCCUUCAGCAAAAUAGCCACAAUAAUAAGACCAACGUAACCGCUGGCUCAGAAACGGAGCGCUCGAUUUCCAACAAUCCUAUGUGCAAUAGUGAAAAUCGCUCGGUGACCUACUCGGAUAAGGCAGUGAUGGGCAGUUUCAAAGAAAAACCACCCAAGCCUCUAAAAACACAGCUUAAUAUCACCAGCAAAUGCACCAGCCUGCGGCAGCUUCAGAAUGAUACGAACACCUCAAUCAGUCAGUCGGACACAACGUUAUCAAAUAACUAUUACAAUGGUCGCUAUUUACCUGUUUCACAACCAAGCAGCUGCCUAGGUUAUGGUACUGUCAAACUCAGCGAAAACGGAAAUUCAGACACGGAAGCACCUGCUGCCAUUAUGUUUCAAUGCAAUCAAGAGAACAACAACAGAAAUCAGCUUAAGGACCAUGGGGGUUCCCAGAUAAUCUUCUCACGUUCUAAGUCAGCAUCAACCUCUAAACUUAACUCCGACUAUAACUAUCAAUUGGAACGUCCGUGUAAUCCUGUUGAAAAUUUACGCAACCAACUGCGAAAGCUUGAGGAUUUAGAAGAUCAGUUUCCAGAUCAUGCGGUUGACGCCACUUUUCAUCUUCGAUACCCAUUUACUGAUAUUUCUAACGACCAUCCUACUGUGGGAGUGGGCUCGGAACUGGAAUUUUUCAAGCACCGUAUACAUAUGGAACGGGACUCAGUACGUCGAUCCAAAGAGUCUUUAAAAAAAGACCGUAGUGAUUAUAGGUUGCGGCAAGGCGAGAUAAAACAGCGUAUCAAGAAUUCUCCCCUGUGUGCUAAGCAGUGGCUGGACCAGAAUAUCGAAGAGGAAAAAGAAUUAACUGAGAUAGAAGUAAAACUGCAUCGCACACGCGCUUUGUUAGGUGAGAAGGUUAUAAGGCUUAAGCAUCUAGAAGAGAGCCUGCUACGCAUGUGCGAGCAGGAGAAACGCGGGGCCGAUCUCCAACACAAGGAUGAUGCUGCUACGCUUAGCGAUCUUUCGUCGCACUCCAGUUCUGGCUUCAGCAGUACCGAUUUUGCCAAUGGAGGAGAUCUUCACAAGCGGAGAGAGUACUUUCAACAGGAAUCAAUCGAAUGGAUUCAGAACCUCGAGAUUCUCAACGAGGAGAUAUGUGAAAUUCUUGAUAUGCUAGGUAAAAAGCAACAAAAACAGCAUCAUCAGCAAUCAUUAUCGACCAUGACCAUAAAACUGCCUAACGACCUUAACUGGACACACAUGCUUAGCCAGCAGGCUAACGUAACGGCUAUAGUCGCUCCGUUUCAAACAAGCAACUCAACAUCUAGCCAUGGUCUCAGCGAAAGCAGUGGUAUGGGGGCGGUACCUCCACCUAAACCAAUACCAACACUUUCAGAUCGUCUUGAGACUUAUAGCUAUUUAACAACUGGUCGCAUGCACACCUCGAUGGGUGGGACGAUACUGGCGGCCAAUACUAUCGCGUCCCAAAAUGCACGGGCUCUGAACUAUUCGACUAGUUUGGUGGAGCGCACCCGCGACCUUCGCGACUGGCUACGUCAGGCCAAAACCGAACAUGAGCUGCUAAUCGGCAUUGGACUUCAACACGGAAUCCCAGAGAAAACAAAAAAUUCUGGUCUAUGUGAAGCUAAUGAUGCAAGUGAUAAUAAUGCAAUCGGCGCAUCUCUCAAUAAUGCAUCCGCAUCAGCAAGUCCGCACAACAUUUUCUAAACAAAAAACACAGUAAUGUUGUAUUCUGACCAUAAUAUGCAAUUUAGUAAGUAGAAAAUAAUGUAGUUGUAACAAAAUUUGUGCUAGAUUAUUUUCCUGUUCUUCCCUGUAUUUUGUAUAAGCCGAUCGUUGGGAACUUUGGCAAAUAAUUAAAGAUUUUCCAUAUAAAAAUGUAAU